GAAACGCGUAUUUACAGAAGAUUAGAAACCCUUAAUUUGCGCUUCACCUGCACUUCCGGUUUCCGGUCGGCUCCCGCCCCGCUCCGCCAUCAUGAAGUCCUGAACAAAAAGCGAAUGAGAGAGGAACAGAAAAACAGAGAUGGAGCUGUCGAUGACAGAAAGAGGCGAACUGCACGCCUGACACCGACGGCAUGAGCAGAAGCGAAGCCCACACUCGCGGCGGAAGCGGAAAACCGGACUGUGGUUUAAAGAGCUCGCUGACAGGCAGCUGAUCGAGUCCGUUAACGGAUCACGGCGGUAUUAUACAUUCACACACACAUGAACGGCAGUGAUCGCGAUCGUGGCGUUAGCAGUCUAUGGCUCGCGGUUUGAGUCGGUCGUGUUUGUGAAGUGAGGCGGGAAGGAUUGGCGGGAUUCUCCUCAGCAGGCCGGUGCUAGGCUAGCGGUCUCGAGCUAGCCGCAGUGGAUCCCGCACACCACGGCGCUGGCCAUGCCGUCGAGUGCGCGGGCUGGGAGUCUCAAGGACCCAGAGGUGGCAGAACUUUUUUACAAGGAGGAUCCUGAGAAACUCUUCACAGACCUGCGGGAGAUCGGCCAUGGCAGCUUCGGAGCCGUCUACUUUGCCCAUGACAUCCGCACCAAUGAGGUGGUGGCCAUCAAGAAGAUGUCCUACAGUGGCAAGCAGUCUAAUGAGAAAUGGCAGGAUAUCGUGAAAGAGGUGAAGUUCCUUCAAAAGCUGCGGCACCCCAACACUGUGGAGUACAGAGGCUGCUACCUGCGUGAACACACAGCAUGGCUGGUGAUGGAGUACUGUUUGGGCUCGGCCUCGGAUCUGCUGGAAGUGCACAAGAAACCAUUACAGGAAGUGGAGAUUGCAGCAGUUACCCAUGGUGCAUUGCAGGGCUUGGUAUACCUCCACUCGCACAACAUGAUUCACAGAGAUGUGAAAGCAGGGAACAUCUUACUGACAGAGCCUGGCCAAGUCAAACUGGGAGACUUCGGCUCCGCCUCCAUCGUUGCUCCUGCCAACUCCUUUGUGGGCACACCUUACUGGAUGGCUCCAGAGGUCAUCCUCGCCAUGGAUGAAGGCCAGUAUGACGGGAAGGUUGAUGUGUGGUCACUCGGCAUCACCUGCAUAGAGCUUGCGGAGAGAAAGCCUCCCUUGUUUAAUAUGAAUGCUAUGAGUGCCUUAUACCACAUCGCCCAGAACGAGAGCCCGGUCCUGCAGUCCAAUCACUGGUCGGAUUAUUUCCGUAACUUCGUAGACUCCUGUCUGCAGAAGAUCGCCCAGGACAGACCUACCUCUGAUGUGCUGCUUAAACAUCACUUCCUGUGCCGCGAGCGUCCGGUGACGGCGGUGAUGGAUCUGAUCGCACGCACUAAAGACGCCGUGAGGGAGCUAGAUAACCUGCAGUACCGGAAGAUGAAGAAGAUCCUCUUCCAGGAGACGGCCAAUGGCCCCGCCACAGAGGGGCCCGAGGAGGAAGAGGAUGUGGAGCAGUACAUGCUGCGGAUGGGCACGGUAAAUAGCAUGGAGAGCUCCCAUUCGCUGCCGUCUAUGUCCAUCAGCGCCAGCUCCCAGAGCUCUUCAGUGAACAGCCUGGUGGACGGCUCGGAUGACAGCGGAGAGAUGGCCAUGAUGCAGGAGGGCGAGCAUACUGUGACCUCCAACAGCUUGGUGCUGCACAAACCGCUGAACCAUGAUAACCUCUACGAUGACCCGUACCAGCCGGAGGUGGACUCCCAGCAGCAGGGCCCCUCCGGGGGCCGCCGGCGCAGGGGACGGGACCACUUCGCCACCAUCCGCACGGCCUCGCUGGUGACCCGUCAGAUCCAGGAGCACGAGCAGGGCUCGGCGCUGAGAGAGCAGAUGUCCAGAUACAAACGCAUGAGGAGGCAGCACCAGAAGCAGCUGAUGGCUCUGGAGAACAAGCUGAAGGCUGAGAUAGACGAACAUCAGCUGAGACUCGACAAAGAGCUGGAGACACAGACAAACAACUUCAGCAGUGAAGCAGACAAGCUCAGCAAGAAGCACCAGGCCAUCCUGGAGAAAGAGUCUAAGGGCGCUCUCACAGAAGAGAAGAAGUUCCAGCAGCACAUCUUGGGCCAGCAGAAGAAGGAGCUCAGCAGCCUGCUGGAGUCUCAGAAGCGCCAGUACAGGCAGCGCAAGGAGCAGCUCAAAGAGGUACGGCGGAGAGUGAUCGCCUGCGCUUCGCUCGGAUGUGCUGAUGAAGGUUUCUCCUGUGUGCAGGAGCUCAGCGAGAACCAGUCCACACCGAAGCGGGAGAAGCAGGAGUGGCUGGUGCAGCAGAAGGAGUGUCUGCAGCAGCUGCAGGCGGAGGAGGAGGCGGGUUUACUGCGCAGACAGAGGCAGUACUACGAGCUGCAGGGCCGCCAGUACAAGAGGAAGAUGCUGCUCACUCGCCACAACCUGGAGCAAGACCUGCUCCGAGAGGACCUGAACAAGAAACAGACUCUGAAGGACCUGGAGUGUGCCAUGCUGCUGCGGCAUCACGAGUCGACUCAGGAGCUGGAGUUCAGGCAGCUGGGUCUGGUGCAGCACACACGGGCCGAUCUGAUCCGGACGCAGCACCAGACCGAGCUCACCAACCAGAUGGAGUACAACAAGCAGCGCGAGCAAGAGCUGCGGCAAAAACAUGCUGUCGAAGUCCGCCAGCAGCCCAAGAGCCUGAGAGUGAGUGACUGCCAGAGUACUGGGGAGGGGGAGGAGCCUAGCAGAGAGGGGGUGGGGUCUAUGAGAGAGGGGGAGGGGCUUGAAACCGAAGAGGUGGUGCAAGAGGAACAGCUGAGUAGAGAUGGAGAAAUGAUAGACGGGGAUGAGAUGCAGCUUGAGGAGACAGCUGUAGAAAUAGAAGGAAAUGACACCCAAGAGACUUUUACUGACCAGUGUGAAACAGUAGACAGAGCAGGUGAAAGUGCAAACGAGCAGUUAGAUGAACCGCAGCAGGCUGAGGACAACCUUGAUCCCAGACGAGUAGAAGGCCGUCCUUGGGACGACGGCAGCGAAUCAGAGUGUGAGGAAGAGGACCGAGGCGUGGCCGACGGAUGUCCGUCAGAGCUGAUGCCCGCCCCUUCCUUUGAGCUCCGCCCCCUGGAGCGUAAUACAGACGAGCUCUCGGAGUUCUACUUCCCGGAUACGCUAGAAGAGCUGGAGCCUCCGCCGGUCUACACGCCUGCCUCCUCUUCCUCGCAGCCGUCGCUUCCCUCGCUCUUCUCUCACGCGAUCUGCCUCGCGCUCUCUCUCUCCGCCGCCAUGCGUCCGUCCCUCCUCACCCUCCUCUUCCUCUCCGUCUUCCUGCUUUCCCUGCGCCGCUCGCCUCCGCUGCCUUCGCUGGCUUCCGUGCUUCUCUCAGGCGAGCUGGCCUUCCUGGCGCUCGUCUUUUCUUACCUGUUCCUGCGCUCCUGCUGCUCGCUCGCGUUUUCCACGUACCUCUCGCUGGCCUACUGGGGCUCCGGACUCUUCAGUCUAGGUUUGUCUUUGAGCUUGGGGCUCUAUUAUGUCCCAGUGGCCUUGGUUUCGGCGUCUUUUCUCAGCUCGCCGUCGCUCUUCCUCACCCUCUAUCUGGUGGUGGUUCUGGUGCUGCGUCCGGCCAGGGUUUUCCUCCAGAACAUCCCACGCAAACUCAGUCGCCUCUGGAUGCGAGUUCUGUUCCGUCUGCCGAAGCCAGUGUUUGCCGUGUGCCAGUCGCUCCUCGGCGGCCUGACCGAGCGAAGCCUCUACGACAUGUUCCCCAAAGCCGGACGCAACUGGGCCGGGCGCCAGUCCAGAAUCCCAGUGCCUUUGAGAAGCCUUGGAGCGGAGUAUCGGGCCAAAAGCAGAUGCUCCGUCUUGUUUGCGCGGUGCAUGCUUUUGGGCCGACGGUUCGUCCGCCGGCCUCUCGGCACUCUGACGGACCUCGCUAACUCCGUGGUGCUGCGUUUAGCCAAGCGUUUGCUGAAGGAGCUGCCUCAGAAUCAGCUGAGACGCCUGCAGGCCUGCGGGAUCCUGCGCAGAGAGAGAGCCAGCAAGCUCCCGAUCCUCCUGCCCCGAGCCGUGAGGGAGCAGAGGAGGAGGAGGAGGAGGAGGAGGGCGGAGCGAGAGAGGAGGUACAGGGAGGAAGGCAGGUGGGAGAGUGUGUUGAGGAGAACCCCGUCAGCGAGGAGCUUGAAAGGAAAGGUGGUGCCUUGGAGAUAGAUUGAGACGGAGGGAAGGAGGUAUGUGUGAUUUGAAGAUGAACCAAAGUCUUACGGGUUUGGAACGGCAUUCGCUUGAGUAAAUGAUGACAAUUUCCUUUUUUAGGUGAACUGUUGCUUUAAGAUUAAUGCACCGUUUUAUUCCAGCUCCCUCAUUCACUGUCGCCAUGAAUGCAAAGCUUCAGUCGAUUAUUGUGCUUUUUGUAAAAGUUUCUUUGUUUUGUUUUUUUACUCUUUGAGUUAUUUUAUUCUCAAAUAGCAUGAGCUAUGUGUGUUAUGGUGAUCGUUGAAGCCAUGCCUGUGCAAUCUUGAUUUAGUUUUUGUUAUUUCAUUUUGAAGGGGGUCUUAAUUUCAACAAUGAAUUAUAUUGCGAAACCAAAAUGGUGUGAAAAUGACCUUUCAGUGAAGUUAAAUGCUGAAUUAAUUGACUGAAAGUGUUAGCGCUUUACACUAUAGAUCUCCCAAAAACACAACACUACAAGCUCUGACUCUUCCAGAAGUGCAUUAGAUGAAGCGCCGAUGCUUUUCCCUACUUUUCGAGGAACGUUUGUAUUGAAAUAGAAACAGAAGCUAGGCUGCAUGUUGUUGCACAAUCAGUGUUUGAUAUCAUUUCAAAAGCAACUAAAAGCAGCUGAAGCUGUCCUCAGAAAUGUUUAGAGUCCUCUCGCUGGAUGAUUUAGAGGCAGGACCUCAGAAAAUGACAAUCAAACACUUGCAAAAUCUGCGUCCUUGCCAAAAUGAACCGCAGCUGUUAUAUAUAUCAUACAUUAGGUUUAUUGAAUGGUUUGAUGUUAGUUCUCUAUGCCACAGGAUCGGAUGGAUGAACCAUUCUGAAUGCUGUUCAUUCAGUUCUGACACUUUAGCAGUGAACUUUAUUAAAUGUUGUUGUUAAAUUUAACGUCAGUCUCAUAACUUUAGGUGAAAUAUGGGUGAUCUAUUAUAAAUUCAGCAUAUGAGAUGUGCAGUUUUAUUUCGAGGGAAAUCUCAAACCGGAUCAGUUUUACUCGACAGUAUAUGAGCAGAUGUGUUAGUAGAUGUGUUCUUGCACUAGAGGCAAUGAUCUGAUCAUAUUUACCAUGUAAACGAGUGUUUUGAUCAUAUCCUUCUGAAGAGAGGUCUAGCCUGUUUAGAUGAAGCAUUUACACAAGUUAGCCCUAGUUUUCAAUGUUUGCAUGGCACUGUUAUUUCAUAUUUAUUAGUGCUCUUUUGCUGCAUAUUAAAGGCUAUAAUAAGAAGCCAUUAUGACAAUCAUCACAAAGAUUACACGGAGUUGUGACGUAAGAAGUGAAGAGGGUGAUGGUUGGAGUGAUAAAGAAUAGCUUGCACUGCACACAAAUCAUCUUUAUUUGAAAUGCUUCGUAGAAAUCUUAAGAUUAUCAGAGGGACCAUAUGUCUACUACACGAGUGAUGAGGAAAUGCUGUCUAUUUUAAGAAAAUUCUAUUUCUUGGCAAAAAGGAAGCAUUUCAGUUUUAGCCAUAUUUGUUCCAGUUAUUGGCAAUUUACUGUUUCAAGUUUGUCUUUGUGUUAUUUCAUUUUUUGUCUUGUUACUUCAUGUUUACAUAUUCUGUGCUCCCUUUGUUUUUUUUAGCCAAAUCACAAAUUUUGUCUUGAUUAUUAUUUGAGGAAUGUUUGUGUAAUUUUGUUGCAUUGCACCGUCUGUUUCAGGGCCAUUGUGUGCAUUUCAUCCUCGUUUUGUGUUUGUGCAUGAAUGGAUGUUUACUUAAAGUUCAAACAAAGAUUUCUGUUAUAUGUUUCUGAAAUAAAUUUUCUUUAUUAUGA